AUGUUUAAUUUUAGUAACUUAUUUCGCUCACUGCCAACAGUUUCUUCUAUAUUGCCAGUUCGAUAUCGUGCACGUAAAUGUACCAGAGAGCGAAAAGCAAAAAUUCACAAAAAAAACAGAGCCGCUAACUUAGCCAAAGCAAGAAAAUAUAUACCUAUAUUAAAGAAAAAGCAACUAGAAAAAUCAAGUCGUACAAUUGAAACAUUUCCUUGGCGUUCGUCCAAUGAUGAUGUAUAUCUUGGAUUAUUUAACCAAAUGCGCAGGUAUAAUUUGUUGGAAGCCAUAUUAGCUCAUCGUGAACUUCACCAUCCAACAAUGAUUAAUGUACCUAAUGCACCUCUUAAUGUUCGUCUUGAAAUAGACUUAUCUACAGAUAAAAAAAAUAAAUUUGUGGAUAAAUAUCAUAAAAUAAUUGAAUUACCUCAUUCUUAUGACCACGGGGAAGAUAGAACUAUAUUAGCAUUUUGUCAAAGUGCUGAAAUGAUGGAAGAAGCUAGAAAUGCUGGUGCAAUGCUAGUGGGCGGCAAAGAAGUUAUUAAAAGUAUAGAGAGAGGUCUUAUAAUGUUACCGGAUUUUCAAUAUGUACUUGCUCAUCCCGACAUUUUAACAGAAUUACCUGCCAUCCGUGGACUAUUAAGGAAACGUUAUCCAAGUCUUCAGCAUGGUUCACUGACAUUAGAUUUAGUAGCCAUGGUAAAACAUUACAUAAAAGGUAUUAAAUAUAAUAUGCAAGUGGAUCCAUUUGAUGAAGCUUUAGGAAUUGUAGAAAUGAAAAUUGGUCAGCUUUCAGAUGAUCCAAAUCAUCUAAUUGAAAAUUUUGAAACCUUAUUUAAGGAUAUUAUGACCAAAGCUCCAAAAAGAGCCAAACCAUCUCCAUUUGUUAUAAGGUGCUUAGCCCAAACUCCGGCAUCAAGAGAGAAAUUCAAUAUCAAUUUAUCUCAAUUUGUUAACACUGAAGAAGACUCAGAAUCAGAUUCAGAUUCAGAUGAUGAAGAUGAGAUUAAAAAGAAACAACGUCUUUAG